CGGAUCCCUGAACUCAACACCUACAUGAAGGUGAGCAGGGUCCCUGAACUCAACACCUACAUGAAGGUGAGCAGGGUCCCUGAACUCAACACCUACAUGAAGGUGAGCCGGAUCCCUGAACUCAACACCUACAUGAAGGUGAGCAGGGUCCCUGAACUCAACACCUACAUGAAGGUGAGCCGGAUCCCUGAACUCAACACCUACAUGAAGGUGAGCAGGGUCCCUGAACUCAACACCUACAUGAAGGUGAGCCGGAUCCCUGAACUCAACACCUACAUGAAGGUGAGCAGGGUCCCUGAACUCAACACCUACAUGAAGGUGAGCAGGGUCCCUGAACUCAACACCUACAUGAAGGUGAGCAGGGUCCCUGAACUCAACACCUACAUGAAGGUGAGCCGGAUCCCUGAACUCAACACCUACAUGAAGGUGAGCAGGGUCCCUGAACUCAACACCUACAUGAAGGUGAGCAGGGUCCCUGAACUCAACACCUACAUGAAGGUGAGCCGGAUCCCUGAACUCAACACCUACAUGAAGGUGAGCCGGAUCCCUGAACUCAACACCUACAUGAAGGUGAGCAGGGUCCCUGAACUCAACACCUACAUGAAGAGGCUGCUGGGGUUGCCAACAUGGCUGCUGCUGGACGAAGCUCUCCGGAUGUUCUUCUACCAGACGGAACACGACAGCCAGCAUCAACCGCGCGUCCUCAGGCGACUCCGCCCACCGACCCGUAAAGUGAAGACGGUCAAACCAAAGAUGGACAUCUUCUCGUCCCCCAGGGCCGAGGCAAUGUUUGACUUUCGCGGCAACAGCAAGGCGGAGUUGAACCUGAAGAAAGGAGAAGUGAUCUUCCUUCUGCAACGAGUCAACACAGACUGGCUGGAGGGCACAGUCAACAACCAGACAGGUAUUUUCCCACAAUCCUUUGUGAAGAUCAUUAAGCCCCUCCCACCGAGCGACUCGGAGAGCGAGGGCGGAGGCCCCUCCUACAGCUGUCUGCGCUGCUUCCUGCUCACCCCCUCUGGGGUCCACACCAGAGACGUGUGCGUCCAAGAGGACCUCUCCAUCCAGCCGACGUACAAGGACCUGGUGUCUCGCAUGAGGAACGUCUUCAAGCUGGACGACGUCGCCCUGAACUACCGCGACCUCGAGGGCGACCUCGUUCGCGUCCUGGACGACGAGGACAUCCAGCUGAUGAUCCGAGAGAGCAGAGGUCAGCAGGGCAAGGUCAAGAGACCCGUCAAUCAGUUUCCGUGGGAGCUGCACGUGACCUUGACCUCUGACCUCUCCGUGUACAACUCGGAGGCCUAAGAGAGCGGAGGUCAACGGAGGAUAUUUAGUGUUCUCUCAGAACUCGAUCGGGUUGUUGCUGGUUUUAUUUUUCAUUCGUUCUCAUUCAUGCAACAAAUGUCGCCGGUUCACUUCACCAAAUAAAUAAAGGAUGUCUGUACAAGCUCCA